GCAACCAUCAUUGAGGCUACUCACGCAACAUCAGCAGCCACCUCCUUCUUUGAUCCAGUCUGUGUUGGAGCGCGUAAAUUCGCCAAUGGGGCGCUAGGGGCCAAUAAUCCCAUUGAUGAGGUUGAGGGCGAGGCGUCAGAUAUCUGGUGUGGGGAAAUCGGGGACUUGAAACCGCUGGUGAAGUACUUUAUCUCAAUUGAAACAGGCAGCCCAGGCGAGAAGGCGAUUGAAGAUAAUAUGCUGAAGUUUCUGUCCAAGACCAUGGUGGACCUUACAACCCAGACCGAGCAGACUGAGAAAAGGUUCAUUGCCAAAUGGCGGCAGCAUGAUGAUAAGAAACGGUACUUUCGGUUCAAUGUCGACCGGGGACUGCAGGAUGUUGGACUGUCAGAAUAUCAGGAACAGGGAUUAAUUGAAGCGGCAACUGAGGGAUACCUUAGUCACCAAGCAUUCAAGUUUCAAGUGCGAGAUUGCAUCCACAACUUGAGCUCAAAGCAAAGUGUGUACAUGGAGAACUUCUCAUAG